AGGCUAAAUGCAAAUUAUGUUAUUCAAAUUUUAAUGACAAUGUCUUUACCUGUUGUAAAAAAAAAAAAAAAAAGCAUUCAUCUCCUCUUUCUACUCCAUUUGGAACACAUUUAUCAGCUUUAUCACAUAUUUCAUCUAAAACAUUUUAAGGUUAUUAGCUAAUUCAACGAACUAAUUAUAAUCAACAUCUCAGAUUAUAACUAUAAACCUACUUUUCCCACUCAUUUUGCACGGCCGUCAUCACUCACCUCCCGCAUCUUCACUUUCUCUCUCAUCAAAACUCUCUUCCUCCAUCACACCUUUCUUUAAAACUUCCACCAUUUUCUCCUCUCAUAACUAAAUUAAACCUUCAAUUUACUCAUCUUAACCUCCUGAUCUACAAUACCCAUUAAAAAAAUGUCUGCAACACGGCAGAGCAAAAGAGCACGUACACAUCCAAGCUUAUCCCCUCAACAGGACCCGACACCUGACCCAAUCCCGGACCCGAACUCAGGAGUGGUUCCGGUUUCAGAAAUGUCUGUAUCAUGGAAGAGCAAAAAAUCACGUGUACAACCAUGUUCAUCACGGGAUAGGGAGCCGUCAUUGGAUCCAGAACCGGACCCGAACCCGAACCCAGCAGGUAACCCUUGUGAAGUUGAGCUUCAAGAUGAGGAUUUUCCACAUAUUAAGUUUCGUGACAUUGAGCAUUUUAGUCGCUUCAAAUGUUUAAAGGUCCGACGAAUUGUAGCUACUAGGUUUAUAAGUGAUGAAUGUAUUACUGCUUUGGGUAUAAAGUCUGAUUUAGAAUGGUUGUUCGACCGUGUCGGGUGGAGAAUGUUAAUGAUGAACCAACAUCGUACCUUUGCGGAACUUACAUUGGAGUUUUUGAGUUCGUUUCAGCAAAAUACUGUUAAGAUUCCUAAGGGACAGGUACCGGGUGUUCGGUUUAGGAUGUUUAACCAGGAAUUUGAUAAAACUCUAGAUGAAUUCGGGGACUUUUAUGGAUUGCCGAGAGGUGGUAGUGUUAUGUAUUAUAAUAGUGAUCCGAGCUUGAUUUGGAGACAAAUCACAGGGUGUAGUGAUUAUUAUCCUCAAUCUGCUAAGGCUUCAAGGAUUCAUAACCCCGUGUUUCGAUAUUUGCAAAGGCUUAUGGCAAGUACUAUUUUCGGGAGACAUGAUAGUCAAGGGACUGUAAGGGAGUGGGAAGUGGAAAUGAUACAGACCAUGUUGUAUCCUCCUGAUGUGCAUUUGAGUACUGCCUCUUACAUAGCACGGCAUUUUCAUGCUGUUGGGAGGUCCAAGAAAAAGAGCCCGAUUGUUAUUGGUGGGCUCAUUACUCCAAUCGCAAUUUCCUUGGGGUUUGCUUUGGAUCAAAUCCAAUCGGUUGGUCCUAUCCCCACCCUUGAUAUUCCAAAACUUGUGGUUAUGCGUUGGUUGCAUGAGGAUGGUGAUAGGUAUAGGUGGAUAGUGGAUAAGAAACCCACAUUCUUUUUGCCUAAUCCUGACCUCACAACUGUGAGGAACCAGGCUAAUUGGGAAUUUUCUAAAACUUUGGAGACUGAUGGAGAGGAAGAGAGGAAUGAUGAAAACUAUGAGAGAGAAAACCAAACUAACCCCUCCCCUCUCUUUAUACAUGAUGGACAUGCUGGUGGUUCCCCCUUCAAGCCCACUCCACGGCCCUCGCCUCGGCCCUGUGACUUCGCUGCCUUGCAAGCUUCCUUGGAUUCCAUCCGUACUGGAAUCCAAGAUAUUCAUACCUCUCAACAAUACAUGAACCAACGCCUAGACCACUUCGAUCAAAUGCUUUACCCCAUAUACAGCUGGCAUGUCCAGCAGGGGCAUAUCAACCCCAACACUCUACCAUACCCUGACCCACACUACCCACAACCCCAUGAUCAAGCACCUUGUCCUCCUAGGAACUAGUUGUCCUACUUUCCUAUUUUCUUCCCCAUCCUUUGCACGUAAGUUAGCCUGUUUUUCGGUAGUUUGUAGUUAGAUGGGGUCUUCUUUUGGUGGGAGUAGGAUUUUCUUUUUCCUGUGUCUGUUUGAUACUGAGCGCUUUUGUUUUGUAAUUAGGUUUCUAGGAGUGUUUUCUUUUCGAUUUAGAAUGUAAUGUUUUGGUGUGUUCUAUAUUCAUUUCUUAGUGUUUAAUGUUUACUGCUCUGGUGAGUUUCCUUAACCUUUGCCCUUAAAAAGAAAUAAGAGAAAAAGCAGGGAAUCUGCGGCCUUUCCUUCUA